AGAGGGGAAUGUAAUAGUGUCCAGUCCAGUGGAAGCAUUGCUAUUGCUAUCAGGCUAAAGCAGCAGAACAGUAUAGUUGGUUACACGAGUGUGUAUUUAUGUUCGUUUUCAUGAAGUUUCAGUCUACGUGUUUUGUUGACAAUUGUAACAUAUAAUUUGUGCCUUUUACGUGAGAAAAUUUUCUCUUCGUUCUGAUAAACACUUGGAUAUUUUUUCAAAGUUAAAUUUACGUAGAUAUAUUACGUAAAAAACCAGGCAGAGGUAUUUGAAAAAAAUUUUUUGUUACUUUACACUUGUUUACACUUUCCUUCCACAAAAUGUCUAUUCACAAAAGUACAAGGGAAAUGUUGCUUUCGGUGGUUGAUGACAUGGAAAUUAUAUCAAAAGAAUUGAUAGAAAAUAUAACUGCUGCAAAACAUCUCAAGCUUUCCACUUCUGAUCACUCAAUUCUUAUUGAACUACUUAUAAAUAAAGAUAAAGAACUAAAAAGUUUUUUAACCAAAGCUGAAGAGCAAGCCAAAAUCAAUCAAAAAAUGGAAACUUUAAAAGCAGAAGUUCAUGCUCAAGAUCAAGAAAUUCAACAGCUCCAAAAACAGUUAAAAGAAGCUGAACAAAUUUUAGCUACUUCCAUUUUCCAGGCCCGUCAAAAAUUACAGUCCAUAGCGAAGGCUAACAAAAGGCCUGUUCCUUCGGAGGAGCUUAUAAAAUAUGCUCACAGAAUAAGUGCUUCUAAUGCUGUAUGUGCCCCUCUAAGUUGGCAACAAGGUGAUCCUAGACGUCCUUAUCCAACAGAUAUAGAAAUGAGAGUUGGUUGUCUUGGCAGGCUUAGCGAUUUACCACUUAAUGGACAAAUGGUUGGACCACAUAGUAAUAUUACCGGUCUGCAUAGGCCAAGUGGGCAACAAACAGAAACCAUCCCACCGCAAGUUGGAGGUCCAUUUGCUUGGCACCCAUCUGGUGAAAUACAUAUGUCAGUGACAGGACAAGGUACAGUUCCUAUUAAUACCCACAAACAAGAAACAGAAGAUGUGGAAGUCAUGUCAACUGAUUCAUCUAGUAGUUCUUCGAGUGAUUCCCAAUGAUUUUUUAUAUAUUACAAUUUAAAAAUAAUGUGUAUAGUUUACAAUUAUGUAUAGAGAUUAAUUUUAACUUGAUUCUCAUAUAGAAGCAACA